AUGACCAGUAAAGUAAUGGACCUGAUCUACUGGAAGGACACAGAACGUACAGGGAUGGUGUUGACCGGGUUGGUGGUGGGUCUGCUGUCCCUGUUUCAGCUCAGUAUCAUUACCGUGGUCUCCACAGUGUCUCUGGCCGUCAUGUGCUUCACCAUCUCAGUGCGGGCCUACUACAAAAUCCUACAUGCACUCAGCUGGGGAGAUGGUCUUCAUCCAUUUCAGUCAUAUCUGGACCUGGACAUUGGCCUGACUGGUGACCAGGCAGACCAGUACAUGCAGCGCGUCAUAGUCCUGGUCUGUUCUACCCUAGAUGCACUCAAACGCCUGGUGUUUGUGGCUAACCUGUUCAACUCUCUCAAGUUCCUGUUGCUGAUGUACCUGGUGACUUACGUUGGAGACCUGUGCAAUGGCCUUACCCUGCUGAUCAUUGGUGUGAUUGCUGUGUUCUCUGUCCCCCUGUUCUACAGACAGCACCAGGCUAAAGUGGAUGGCCUCUUCGACGCAGUACAUGCCCAUGUUGACAAUAUCAAAGACAUUCUGCACCGACUGGCCCAAGGAGGCGGACCUCCGGCUGACCCCACCCCUGGUGGAGCCAAACCCAAAACCCACUGA